CUGUGGUAAAAGCAGUUGAUUGCCAGUUAUCUAUAGUAUAGCAUAGCAUAAACCUACCAAAUGUCUGAAGAAAACACUAUUAAGUCAAAGAUCGGUUUGAGUGUAAAGAUUUACAAUGCACUGCUGACCCUAUCCUGUCUUAUAGGACUGGCUUUGUCUCUUUACGCUUACACAGUUGAACUUAAAAUGGAACAAGAUAGGAACUACAAACCUCUUUGUGAUAUUAAUCCUCAGGUCAGCUGCACUAAAGCAUUUGGGUCAGAGUAUGGUAAAGGAUUUGGAAUAUUUGGAAAGAAAUCAGUUUUGUAUAAGCCUAACAGUUUAUUUGGUCUAAUGUUCUAUAGCAUGAUAGCAACAUUAGUACAAUCUAAUACAAAAGUCAGUGUACUGUCAACCCUUGUACUGGUAACACUUUCCAACUUUGCCUCCCUGUAUUUUGCAUAUAUAUUGUACUUUAUACUGGCAGAUUUGUGCCUAGUAUGCAUCGGAACCUAUGUUGUCAAUGUAGUUAACUUGAUUUUAAUACAACAGAAGUACAAGAAAUUAAAACUUGUGGAGAUCAAACUCAAAGGAGACAAGACAAACUGAAUUAAACAGGUUUUUAAAUAUAUGAGACUACUUGAAAUGUUGAUAAAUUUAUUUUUAACACUUAAAUGUGCUAAAUUUAAAUUAAUGUAUGCCAAAAGAAAUAAUCUGUGAAAAAUAUUGUUAUUUAUAUACAUUAAAGAAUGUUAUUGUAAUAUUUCAUAUACAUAAAAUAAAUAAAUGUAAUCAAA